AAUGAAUAUGAUAAUUUGUACGCUAUAAUGUCAAUAAUAAACCUAUAAAUAGAGAUCCAGCAGCAUUUAACUUUUAAAAUUCAAAUAUAAGUCACGUAUAUAAGUUAUGCAAAAAAUUAAAAAAGUUUUAUACUAAAAUAUUUAAUCAAAAAUCAAAAAUCAAAAAAAAUUAAAAAGCAUAAUGUGGGUUACACAUAUUUUUGCAACAAUUUGUUGUGUUGGAUUCACUCUAUCAUCAAGAUUAGAGGUUAAGACAGAAGAUUUCAAUUGUAGUGAAAGAAUCGUUCCUGAGCCAUGUAACUGGAGGUACAUAACAUAUUUUCCAAAUCAGUUUCGAACUGGAUCAUUUGAAAAUGUUGUUGUUGCAGUUUUUGGCUUCUUAUAUCCAGUUGCUGUAAAUAUAACCUUAAAAGAUAGCAGUAGCGAAAAAAUAUAUUUAUCAAAGAUAUAUAAUAUUCAACCAGAAAUUUUGAACACAUUUCCAUUAUACAUUGAUCAUAAUGCACCCUCAACUUUGAAAUUCAACAUAGAAGGUCAUGGUGUAGUUGGGAAUCAAGUUUGGGUGUUCAAAAAUGAAAGUAAUUAUAUCAGUGUAUCAAAGCUUGGAUUAAAUGUAUUGAUUCAAACAGAUAAACCAGUAUACAAGCCUGGUCAAACAAUAAAAUGUCGUGUUGUAGUGGUUAAUGCUGAGUUGAAACCUCAUAAAGGUAAACUAAAGGUAACAAUAGAAAAUCCAUCUGGAACUCGUAUGCAGCAAUGGAAUGAUGUGGAGCUUGAUAAUGGUUUUUCUUCGUUUGAGCUGCCCACAUCAGAAAAACCUGUUAUGGGUGUAUGGAAAAUAAAAGCAGAAAUAGAUGGAUACACAGCAACACUUGAAGUUGAAGUGAAAGAAUAUGUGCUUCCACAAUUUCAAGUCACUGUGAAACCACCUGGGUUUAUUUCAAAAAGCAUGGAUGAAAUUAGCACUGAAGUGUGCGCUAAAUACUCUUAUGGAAAAUCUGUAGUAGGUGUGAUGACUGCUCAAGUUUGUCAAAAUAAAGAUUACUUUAAUCAACAAGACUAUUGCUUACAAGUUGUAAAAAAGAUUGAUGGGUGUGCAACAUUUAAGACUUCAAUGCGUUCUUUAAUUAGAAAUAGAACUCAAUGGUAUUACCCAAAAAUUAGUUUUAGUGCUCAAGUAAAAGAAGAUGCAACUAGUAUAUCACUAAAUUCAUCAGUGGAAACAGUCUCUGUGGUGAAUAAUCCAAUAAAACUAUCAUUUGAGGGUAGCAACAUAUUUAAACCAGGAUUUCCAUUAACUGUUAAGCUUCUAGCAAGAUAUAUUGAUAACACACCAGUAGGAUCAAUACUGGUAAAUAUUCGUGCUGGAACAACAGGUUAUUCUUCUUCUGAUCUAUUAAAUCGUGUAUUUGAGGUUAAAGCUGGUUUUUUAAAUGUUGUGCUUCCUGACAUUCCAUUUAAUGCUAAAAGUAUCAACUUGUUAGCAACUUAUGAGAGACCAAAAAUUGUUAAUUCUGAUGAAACUAUUUGGGAAAGACAGUCAUCUGCUAGUAAAACAAUUGAAGCUUGGUAUUCACCUUCUCAUAGUUACUUGUUUAUAGAGAAACCUAAAACAGCUGUAAAAAACGGUAGCAUAGCUGAAGUGAUAGUUCACUACACCUCAGUUGAUCCUGUACCAAAAAAAAGAACAAUCUUUUAUUCACUUGUAUGCACUGGAAACAUUCAAGCAUCUGGAUUUAAAAAUGUGAAAUUGGUUGCUGCUACCUCAACUACUCGAACGCAAACACAGAAAGUCUCAACAAUCCAAUCAACAACUACAACAACAGCAACAACAAAGAAAAAUUCUGAAUUUCAUUUUAACAAUACAGAUGAGUUAUCACUUUCUAGGAAAAUCAUAAUACCUAUUUGGGGAACUAAAAAGCCUAUAACUCGGCCACCUUUACCAUUAAAAUAUAGUAAGGGUCGUUUUACUAUUUCAUUCCCUGUUACGUCAAAAAUGAUGCCACUUUGUCACAUGUUGGUGUAUUACUUGUAUGGAAAUGAGGUGGUAGCAGAUAAUACUGAUAUUGAAGUCGUUAAUGAAUUUGAAAAUAAGGUUACAAUAGCAUUUGAUAAAAAGGAAAUUCGUCCUGGUGACAGUGUGAAGCUAACAGUGAAAGGUUUUCCCAAAUCGAGAAUUGCAAUUGCAGCUAUUGAUAAAAGUAUACAUUUCCUUGCAAAGAGUAAUGAUAUUAAAUCUGAAGAUUUGUUGAAGAUUCGAGAAGGGCUUGAUAUUUAUCCUGGAUAUAUCAAUAAUUAUAAUAGAUGUCCUUGGCAUGAAAGAAAGAAAAAAAGUAUUUUUCCUGGCUUCUCACAAAAUUUUGUUGAUUCCGAAAAAGCAUUUGUUAAUGUUCGCUUGAUUGUACUUUCUUCGUUACACAUUGAUGUUCGUCCAUGUUCUCAAAACUUGUUAUUCCCAAUGGCCCUCAGUUUGAGGAAAAAUGCAAAUGUGAAUCUUGAAGGAGGUUCAAUUUCUAAUAUAGAAAGUGUGGCAACUAAACCACAAACUCAUAUAAGAACAGAAUUUCCUGAAACUUGGCUAUGGACAGAGACACACCUGUCUGAAAAUGGAACUCAUGUUUUUGAUGUAAAAGUACCUGAUACAAUUACAUCAUGGUAUGCAAGUGGGUUUGCAGUUUCAAGUUCAGCUGGGCUUGGUGUUGCAGUGCCUUCAGAGCUAAGAGUGUUUCAGCCAUUUUUUGUAUCUCUUGUUUUACCUUAUUCUGUCAUUCAAGGAGAAAUCGUAACAGUUCCUGCUGCAGUUUUUAGUUAUGUUGAUAGAGCUUGUGUUACUGUUCGUGUUACACUAGAAAUUUCAAAUGGUUAUAAAAUGAUUUCUAACCCAAAUACAAAGGUUUGCUUAUGUGGUGGUCGCACUGCCACUGUUUAUUUUAAAAUACAACCAACUGUCAUUGGCAAAGUUUCAAUUCAAGUAACUGCAAAAACAUUGUCUGAAAAUGUCUGUGCUGCUAAUCGCAAGUUAGAUACAAGUAUCUCAAUGGUUGAUAUUUUAGUCAAGAGACUUCUUGUAGAACCAGAAGGACUAAAACAGGAGUACACAUUUUCUAAUUUCUUUUGUCCAAACACCUCUCCUCAAAAAUUGUUUAAGAGUUAUUUCAAUCUCACACUUCCAGAAAAUUUUGUAAAAGGUUCUGUUUACUCAAAAAUAACAGUUGUGGGGGAUAUUAUGGGUUCCAGUUUAGACAAUAUUGAUAACUUACUUUCUAUGCCAAGUGGAUGCGGUGAACAAAAUAUGUUAAAAUUUGCACCAAAUAUUUUUAUUAUGAACUACUUACGCAAUACUAAACAAGUCAAUGAUGAAAUAAAAAACAAAGCCUUAAAUUUUAUGAGAACAGGUUAUCAGCGCGAAUUGACAUACAAACGUGCUGAUGGAUCAUAUAGUGCAUUUGGAAAAAAUGAUAAAGAAGGAAGUACAUGGUUGACAGCUUUUGUACUGAAAUCAUAUGCACAAGCACGACCUUGGAUUGAUGUUGAUCAAAAAGAAAUUCAAGAUCCAAUAAACUGGUUGUUUCAAAAACAAGAUUUCAACGGUUGUUUUCCAACAAUAGGAACACUACAUAACCAAGCAAUGAAGGGAGGAGUAAAAUCUCCUGUUACACUUACAGCUUAUGUAAUAAUAAGUUUGUUAGAAGCUGAUAUUAUAGCUACUCACCCAAAGUUAGUGAAUGCUUCAAGGUGUGUUACAGAUUCACUUAGUAACAUCACAGAUUCUUAUUCUCUUUCAAUAAUAGCAUAUAUGUAUGCAAAAAUUGGAGAUUUCAAAACAUACCAGUCUGUAAUAGAUACUUUAAAUAGACUUGCUGUUCGUAAAGAUGGUAUGGUUCAUUGGGAGGAAACAAAAGUACAAGAAACUAUAAAAGAACCAUGGUACUAUCAAGCUUCAUCCACAGAUAUUGAGCAAACAUCUUAUGUUUUAUUGGCUAUGUUGACAUUUGGUAAAAGCAGUGUUAUUUCAGAUGUUGUUCCAAUUGUACAAUGGUUAUCAAAACAACGAAAUAGUUUAGGAGGAUGGUCUUCAACACAAGAUACAGUUCUUGCAAUGCAAGCAUUAUCAGGGUUUGCUGAAUAUAGUUUUGGAGCUUCACAGAACAUGAAUGUAGAUGUUAAAGCAGGAAAUACAUUCGCCCAUACAUUUAAAAUAACCAAGAGCAAUAGUCUUGUUUCACAAACUGUAGAGGAUGUCCCUGUUCCUACUACAAUUAAUGUAGUUGCUACCGGAGAUGGCUGUUCACUAAUCCAAACAUCUGUACAGUAUAAUGUAAAAGAAGUUACUUUGAAACCUUCAUUCCAACUUACAUCAUCUGUAACACAAGUUAAUGAAGCUAUAACUGCCCAGCAAUCAUGUAAACCGCAGAAUAUCAAAGUAUGUGCAUAUUAUACAGGUGUUGGUGAUUCAAACAUGGCCAUUAUUGAUAUUCAAAUGAUAUCUGGAUUCGAACCAAAUAAAGAAUCACUUGAUAAGGCUCGUAAUAAUAAAGUAUCAAGUAUCAAAGACAUUGAAGUAAGGGGGAAGAGCGUUGUGUUCUAUUUUGACAAGAUAAUUAGCAGCGGUACCUGCAUUAAGUUCCGAAUCGAUCAAACUACAAAAGUGGAGAAAACGAAACCAGCGGCCAUCAAAGUUUACGACUACUACGACACAGGAAAAUCUGCUACUACCCUCUACGAAGUAACAGAAAAGCAAUGUCUUUAAUAAGUUUUACGAGAACAAACGUUUUGUUGAGUUGGUUCAAUGAAUUUAAUGUCUACGUACUAUGUUAUACUCUGUGUGCGUGCUGCACAGAUUAUUAUUGUAAACUUCGGGGGUAUUUCAUGCAUAUAAAAAUAUAUUUAUUUGUUUUUCGAUUUCA